GGACAAAAAAAAAAAAAAAAAAAAAAAAAAAAAAAAAGGUUGUAACGGGGUUCAGAGCAAUGGCUUUGUUAGGUGUUGUGCUUCUCUUCUUAUGUGGAAAUCUCUGUGCUGCCACACAGACCUGGUUUAAUCUUGGCAGCAAUGAGGUUCUGAACCAAAUCCCACAUGAACAAAUGACAACAAGCUUCCAGCUGCUGGGAUCGCCACAGACAGCAGGUGAUCAGUCAAACCGGACCAAGCAACAGGAUCUGGUCCGUUCUCCUGUCAGUGUCCAGCUCAGGAGCAACCAGCUCAGGAGCCCUACUGCCAACAAUCAGAAAGCGCUCCAGCAGAUGCAAACUAUUCAAAGUCUGAUGAGCUUGGAGGCCAGAAAGCUGACCUCAGAGCAGCAUGAGUCAGAGGAAGCUGUCCACGCUGAGUUGUUAAAGUUGCCAGUUCCAAGGUCCAAGAUCCAAGGUCUGGAUCUGGACUCGCGUGUCAAACAGGAAUCAAAGGUGCUGGUGAAGUUUGAACAGCGGGUGCCGGUGGCCGCUGACAGUGUGGCAGCGCACUGCGGUGAAGGAGAGGUCACCAUCAAGGUCAAACAGAACUUUCUAGGAAAUGGUCAGUUGAUCCAACCAGGUGAUCUGACCUUAGGAGGGUGCGCUGCACUAAACACCACUGACCACAUCCUGCAUUUCCAGACGAAGUUGGAGAGCUGUGGCAGUGCAAGGACAAUGACUGAAGAAGCUCUCAUCUACACCUUUUCUCUGAUGUACUUGCCAACACCCAUUGGCAACACCUUCAUUUUAAAGACCAACCCUGCUGAGGUGCUAAUUGAAUGUCACUAUCAAAGACGGCAAUACGUGAGCAGCCAUGCCAUGAGGCCUACCUGGAAGCUGUUUACCUCGAACAUGCUAUCAGAACAGCAGCUGCACUUCUCCCUGCAUCUCAUGACAGAGGACUGGCACUCACAGAGGCAUUCCAAUGUUUACUCCCUGAGUGAUAUGAUACACAUUGAGGCCUCGGUCCUCCAGGGACACCAUGUUCCACUGAGGGUCUAUGUGGACAGCUGUGUGGCCACGGUGAACCCCAACCCCGAUUCUCAACCCAGAUACCCCUUCAUCAAUAACCAUGGGUGUUUAACUGAUGCUAAGCUGACAGGAGCCAAGUCUUACUUCAUGGAGAGGACCCAGGAGGAUAAACUUUAUUUCCAGCUCAAAGCAUUCAGGUUCCACAGAGAUCCCAGGAAUUCACUCUACAUUACAUGUCAUCUGAAAGCAACAACAAUCUCCACUCCCAUUAGCCCGCAACACAAAGCGUGUUCUUACUUGACUGAAAUCAACAGAUGGGUAGCAUCAGGUGGCGACAACAAGGUGUGUGGUUGCUGUGACACCAGCUGCAGUGAGGAGAGGAGGAAACGAAGCCUUGCAACAGAUGCAGGUCUUCCUCCAGCUCAGCAGUGGGAGGGAAUGGCUGCUCUGGGCCCCAUCCUGCUGGAGGGGAGCGUCCUGCAAGCAGAGCUUUCUGAGCUUCCUCAGGAGCCAGUCUCUCUGCUCCAGAUACAAGCGACUUCCUAUCCCUCGACGGCCCUGCUGUGUGGAGUGGUUGCCGCGCUGGCUGUGGUGUUGCUAGUUUUUAUGUGUACCAUUUGCAGCAGACGGAGCAAACGCGUUGGAUACACAGCGUGUACUUAAUUUAAGAUGAUUUAAAAAA